AUGUUCUUCGCUGAAAUCGACUUUGAUGCCCUGGAGCGCAAACAGAUCCCGCCAGUAUUCCGCCCAUCGAGCGACAAAACCAACUUUGAUGCGACUUAUGAUCUAGAGGAGCUGCUUCUUGAAGAAGCUCCAUUAGAGGCCAGAGCGCGCAGGCAAAAACCACGCGCUGAACUAAGGGACGACGCCACCGCGAAAGAGAUUCGGGAUGAUGAGCUUCACCGUCUCAUUGAAACAAUGUUUGAACCGUUUGACUACACCCUGACUAGCUACCAAGGCAAUGCCGCGGAAGCUAUUGCUGCCGUAUCAAACCCCGAGGAGUGCCUUCCAAUGGCGACAACAACCCAAGGGAACACCACAACCCCCGCAAACUCAACUGUACAUGUCCGUCAAUUCUCACACCCCGACCAGUCUAAAAAUACAUCUCCCAUCCAAGCCGACGGUUCUCACUAUCGUGCUCCACCAAGUGACAACAUGACCGCAGUCAACGAGACACUCGAUCCCAAUGACCCCGCGGCUGGUCAGCCCCCUCCUUCCCCCUCAAGCCGCGUGUCGCCUUCACCGCCGCCUGCUCCGUCCUUCCACCGACCCUUACCCCCCAACAAUCGACACCGCGGUGCAACUCGGCAAAUGAGUAAAAGUGGGGGCGUGCAAAUGGUCCUAAAUGAAGCUGGCAGUUGGAGUGAAUUGGCCCAUAACUCCACACCUGCCGAUGGAAUGGAUGGCGAUGACAAGGGCAAACAAGCCAAUGGCAUGCUAUCAUUCUUCAGCCGGAAGAAGGGCCGCGACCGCAGCCCCAAGCCGACUGAGCCAGGCGUUCUGGGCAAAGAGGGAGCCAGACAGAUCAUUAGCUGA